GUGACUUGGAGGCAUUCUAUAUCCUGUAUAAGGAUAAGAAUGGUGCUACACAGACACCAAAGUGGUUUCCAUCCUGUCGCCCCUCUGGGAUCAAGAAUUUUAACUGAUCCAGCUAAAGUUUUUGAACACAACAUGUGCCAGAUCUCUGCUCAGCCCUGGAUUCUGGUGGUGCUGGGGACUGAAGCUAUGACCUUGGAGCACAAAGGAAGAAAGUCUUUUUGCAUCACUACUGUGCUAUCUCUCCUGCCUGCCUGUUCCCUUUUUAAAUAGAAAGAUAACAAGCUAAAAUGAAGCCCAGAAAGGGAUCAUAUGCAGUGGUCUAAGGAAGAAGAAGAAGAAGCCAGGAAAAAUGUAAUGGAAAACUCAGCUGUGCAAGUCACUCUAGAAGAGCAAGUUAAGUAUGAGAGUGAAGCUAAUAGAUAUUGGGACAUGUUUUAUAAGAUUCAUAAAAAUAAAUUUUUCAAAGAUCGGAACUGGCUAUUGAGGGAAUUUCCUGAAAUUCUUCCCAGUGAUCAGAAAACUGAAGAGAAGACAAAAGAAUUAUCAUGGAGUCGUCCAAAGACCAGUGUUGCAGAUCAUUUCUCAAGAACCUACUGCCAUACUAUGCCUGAAGAAAAAAGUCAUGAAAAAAGUGCUGAAUCCUCAGGCGAUCCAACUCAAGCAAGAUCCGAUUUUCCCAACCUUGACUCAAAAGAACACAGACAAGGAUCUCUGAAGAUGGACUUGUUCCCUGGUAGCCAGGCCACAUUCAGAAUUCUAGAGGUCGGCUGUGGAGCUGGAAAUAGUGUUUUUCCAAUUCUGAACACUUUGCAGAAUGCUCCAGAGACCUUUAUUUAUUGCUGUGAUUUUGCUUCCAGUGCUGUGGAGUUAGUAAAGUCGCACUCAUCCUACAGAGCAACCCAGUGCUGUGCGUUCGUUCAUGAUGUUUGUGAUGAUGGCUUACCCUACCCUUUUCCAGAUGGAAUCCUGGAUGUCAUUCUCCUUGUCUUUGUGCUCUCGUCUAUUCAUCCUGACAGGAUGCAAGGUGUUGUAAACCAAAUGUGCAAGUUACUAAAACCUGGAGGGAUGUUGUUGUUUCGGGACUAUGGAAGAUAUGAUAAGACUCAGCUUCGUUUUAAAAGGGGGCAUUGUUUAUCUGAAAACUUCUAUGUUCGAGGAGAUGGUACCAGGGCAUAUUUCUUUACCAAAGGGGAAGUCCACAAUAUAUUCUACAAGGCUGGUUUAAAUGAAAAGCAAAAUCUGGUUGAUCGUCGAUUGCAAGUUAAUAGGAAAAAGCAAGUGAAAAUGCACCGAGUGUGGGUUCAAGGCAAAUUCCAGAAACCACUAUAAUUGCUUACAAGUUGAAAAGAAAAAAACAAGUGAAAAUUCACUGAGUGUGGGUUCAAGGCAAAUUCCAGAAGCCAUUUUAUGUGACUCAAAAACAGCAAAUUGGCAUUUUUCACUUUUCUCAUAUCUGAACUAUGUACCAUGUUAUGGUGCAAGCUUGAGGACUACACUAUUGAAAUAAUUGUGUAAAUCAUUUCUGAAAGACAAUCAGAAGAAGAGAAUCUAUAUCUCCUGCUAUUUGUCAUAGGUGAGCUCUUUUUUGCUUUUUAAGCAGAUUGAAGUGAUUAGGAAGAGUGUGACAUAUUCUAGAUUUUAAAACUUAGUAUGUUCAGACUUUUUUAGAUUUAUGAUGUCUAGCUGUUGUUUUUGUUGUUUUUUUUUUUCCUUGAGUUUUAUAAACAUCUAGUAUGUCACUCUGGCAAAAAUAUUUUGAUGAACUCUAAGCUGCUGUGUUUUAGAAGUAGAAAAGAGUUGCUUGCUUUAUUUAUUACAUUAGUUAGACACAGUUGGACCAUUUUUUUAUUGUCUGAUAUUAGAGAAGCAAAUCUUUGUUUGAUUCCAGGGCAAGUCACAAGAGUAAGAAAUGUGUCAUAUUUGUGUUUUUUUGUUGUCACCUGUUUUCUCCAAAACUUUUCUAAUGCAAAGACUAAUGCCUGAAGUAGAAUUUUAGUUUCUCUUUCCUGUUCUAAGAUUAGGGAAGUACAGCCCCAUGCUAACAUUAUUUUCAAGUUAUUAGAUAUACAGGUAGUUGUAAGAGCUCUUUUAAAUAACUAGUAUGCCCAAGAAAACUCCUAAAUUAUAGCAAUUAAAAUUUAGUUACCACCUUGCCUGAAAAAAAAAAGAUAUAAUUUGUUUUCUAAAUUACACUUUAUAAAAGUGGAGUUUUUUUUUAAAUACCGUAUUUAUUUUUUAUUGGAUAGAGACAGAAAUUGAGAAGGGGGAGAGGAGAUAAAGAGGGAGAGAGACAGAGAGACACCAGCAGCCCUGCUUCACCACUUGUAAAGCUUUCCUCCUGCAGGUGAGGACAGGAGGCUUGAACCUGGGUCCUUGCACACUGUAAUGUGAGCGCUUAACCCAGUGUGCCAUCGCCUGGCCCCAAAAGUGGAGUUUUUAAGAUUGGUCUUUCAUUUGUUAUACAUGUACUGAGUACUAACAUUUUGCUGAAUUCUUGAAAUAAAUACACAGUUCUGUCUGCUGAGACAUUCUGAGAAAUGGACUAUAGCUGGCAAAGCAAAAUAAUUAACAUCUCUAACCUCUACAUCAUGGUCUAAGCUAGUGUAUGAAAAAUGUAUCAAAUAGGGAGCUUAUCCGGUAACAGACUUUGAUUAUGAGCCACAGAAAUGUGGAAGAAUUGAAUAAUCUCUUGAGAAAAAUAUUAGGGUAAUUACUUCCAACUGGUUUUUUUAUUAUUAUUAUUUCCUUUUUAAGUUCAACUUUCCAGAAGAAUAUGAUACUUUCAUCUGGGUUCAUGGAUUCAUCUUUUGACAAGUUGGGUAGGAAGGUGCAGUUUAGUUGAGAGUGCCAUCAGAAAGAAUAGGACAGAGCAGAGUUCCUCAAAACAAAAUCAACAGAAGCAGAGAAGGAUGUUGCCCUGUCACAGGUAUAUCAUGCAGUGAUGGUAGCCAUGGGGAUAGUAGUUCUGAAGAGAGAGAAAGAGCAUCUGGGAGAAGAAAUGAGGAAGACUCAGGUCUCUUCUCUUCCCUGUAUCCCUCCCAUUAAGAGGAAGUAGUCCUCAAGCUCUUCCUUGAGUGUACCUUCUCGGAUGAGAAUUCUAGAGAGAAGAUAACUGGGCAUGGGACAUUGAUGAGGAGGAAUAGUAGCAAAAAGAUGGUUGUGUGUCAGCUCAUAGACAGUCCUGAGGAAAGGUCAUGUUUCUAACCUCUGAAUAAGAGCCAUCUGAGACUUGUUUGCUCGUUCUCUAUCUUAGCCUAUCUGUGACAUGUUAUACAUGUACUUAGCGCCACGAUUAAGGAAUCAUCUAUAGAAUGGAAUGCAGUGAGAUCAGAGGUUGGGGCAAGGCAGACCAUAUAAAGUUUCUUACACAUAUUUCUUUGGUAGUAAUUCUCAUCCAUACAGUACUAAAGUUUCCAUUUAAAUGUGCAACACUCUCUAAAUAUAAGAACUAAAAUGUGCCUGAGACUCUUAACUCAGUUGUAGUUCAUACUUAAGAUACACAUUUAAAAGCCAAGCUAGUGAUGAAAGUAUUGCAUGCAGCAAGGGCAGUUAGAUAAGUUAAUGUUGCUAUGGGAACUCCAGCUGAUCUUCUUGUGUCUCAUUUAAAAAUCAUGGCCCAAGGUGGUUUAAAAAACAACAGAAGGUAAAAUUAUUCUCACAGUCUCACCAAUAUAAAUUCUGCUGUCUCUCUUAGUCUUAAAUAACAGAUUAAAACCAACCUCUUGACUGGCACAGUAAAAUACAGGCUUUGUAUCUUUCUGUAGUGUAUUACAGCAUGUAGUUAACCUUUAAAACUUCAAAAAUACAUCAGCCAAAUUUGGGCUGUGAGAGACACAAACUGGGCUCUUUUGGGCACUGUCUAGCAGAGACCUGCUCUUCCACAUGGCUGUUCAGCAAAGCUAUUUCUACCAGUUUCUUCUGUUUGUUUGAUCAGUGUUUUUCUCAGCCUACCUAAAUCAACCUUUUUUGGAAUUUACUACUAAACAGAAAAGUAGAUUUUAGCUGAGUAAAAAAAAAAAAAAAAAAAAAGACCAGAUUUGGAAGUGAAUGUGUGUGCGUGUAUGUCUGUACACGCACGCGUGUGCAUGCAAAUAUAUCAGUAAGUGUGGCAAAUGUACCUGCUUGUGUGUUAAACUACCUAAUUAUUGCAUGAAAUUGUAAAUUUCUCCUUAUCCAUAAAACUAGGACCAGCAAAGUAGGCAGAGUUUUAUAUUUUAAAAAUUCCUUUCCCAAGGAAGCUAAAUUUCAAAAGGACUGUUUUUUUCUUUAACAGAAAUAUAUAUAUGUAUAUAUAUUCCUUCAUUGUCUUGCAGAAACAAUGAAUUAUGCCAUAUUAAAAAUGCAUCUUCCAGGGUCAGGUGGUGGCGCACCUGGUUGAGCGCACAUGUUACAGUGCACAAGGACCCAGGUUCGAGCCCCCAGUCCCCACCUGCAGGGGGAAAGCUGCAGGUGUUUCUCCUGUCUCUUUCCCCCUCUGUUGCCCCCUUCCCUCUCCAUUUCUGGCUGUCUCUAUCUAAUAAAUAAAAAUAUUUUAAAAAUUAAAAAAAAAGCAUCUUCCACUACUAAAAAUGUACUUUUGCACCUUUUGCAAAUGUAAAAAUCCUCAUAUGAAAGAAUUAUUUCAAAAGUUCAUGAGAAAGCCAUGGUAACAGUUUCUAUUAUUAAAAGUUUUGCAUUCAGUAUGACACAUUUGUUGUAUUAAAACACCCAGUAAAUGGUCACUUCUACUUACCUACUUUGCUUGUCUCAGUUCCAUAAGCUUGGUCUCUACAUUAUGGCCACAUUGAGAUUUCUAUCAGUAAGCAGUCUAAAUCUUUGUGAUAUUCUAGUUUGGACACAAGAAUUCACUCACAUGCAAAUAACUUCCCUCCUGAGCAUCUAAGUCAUUUAAAUGUUCAAUUUCAGGUAACUGAGAUUCUUGCCCCCCAAGCUCCUAUGUUACAUUCCUCUGGUUUUUCUGCUCAUCAGAACCAGGUUCAGAAACCCGAGUAUAUCAUGCUUUAUUUCUCUCAUUUGGUCUUAAUGUUUGUUGUGUUUUUCACAAGUGCAGGUAACUUCUCAUCUGCAUCACUAGUAGAUGUCUUUCAGAGCAGAAACUCCUACUUCCUGCUUCUGUUAGUCAUCAGGAGAUGGCAUGUUGGGGUGGGUAUUUCCCACACUUGUCAAAGUGCAUUGUAAAUUCUAAAACACUGACUGUAUGUGAGGUAUUGUUAUUAAUAACAAAUUCAAUUUACAGUGCAGCACACAGAACUCUUCAGCAACAGAAACUUUUCAUUGUUUUUGUGAAACCUUGUGAGAAAGUAAGUUGCUGUGGAAAAGUGUUACUUACACAUCAGACAGGGAGCACAGGUCCUAGUUCCUAUUAAACCUCUCAGCUACCCUUAAUUUAGUUCCGAGUGCUAAGUCACUUAUAUACUAAACUUCUACAUACUAUCUUGUUCUUUCAUUUAAUUCUCAGACUCCAGUGAGUUUUUUUUUACAGAUGAGACUGGUUAUGAGAUGUUGAGUAGCAUGCCCAGGGUUUCACAGGUAUGUCAAUAGCAGAUCUGCAGUUUGGACCUAGAUGUGUAGUUCCUCUGCUCUUCUUUGGUGCAGUUUUCAUUGGUGGGUUCAAGUAUUACUCAGAGCGGUGCUGGGGAGAUAAAGGACAGCUCCUAACACAAGCAGGGAGUUACCUCAGUAGGCGAGAGUUUGGCUCACAGGGCUUUCAGUGCUUCGCCUCAUUCGAGACUCAGCAAUUCGCCAAAAUAAGUUGGCUACACUUGCCCAUGGUUACACGUCAGAAAGGAAGAGAAUGAAAGGAAAGGAACCUAGAGGAAUGUCAGCACAAAAGCUUCCUAUCACUUCUUUUCGGCACUUUGCACAAAUUUAGUUCUCUCGCCCCACCCUCUUCAGGCUUCAGCUCUUCAGCUUUUCAUGUUGCUCUUCUGUGAGCAGGCAAACCAUCCAUCACUUGCCUCCUCUCUUAAAAAAAAAAAAAAAAAGGAAAAGAAAAAG